AUGAUUACAAUGCUGAGGAGACUGCCGCCGACUCGACCUAAAGGAAUCGUCCGGGGACAGCUUACACGCAGCAGCAGCAGCAGCAAACGGAAGUCAUGGGGCCAGAGGCGAAAAAGCCGUUCGUCUGUCUACAGCUCUGCAGUAAUUACCGCCAAGGCAUUAAGCUUUUCCGAGCAGGAGGAAGAAGAGCCAGGAGUGAGGCCGAGAGCCCUGAAAGCUUUGGCCAUGUUCGCCACCGCGACUCCAUUGAUCGCUAACGAGUUGCCCCAGUUGUCGUCGACCGCCUCUUCCCUCCAUCUGCUCUGUUCGACUGGCAUUCGCCUGCCGUCGUUUGUCCUCCUCGAAUUCACAUAUCGGUCUCUCCGUUUCACAGCUGAGUGGAACGCGUUCGUCGCUCGUUCCUUGCUUGAGACUUGCCGCUCGCCUCCAGCGAUCGAUCAUCGCAGUGAGGGAUGA